UCAGGCAAAAUGUUCAGUUAGCGUAAAUCAAAGCAGAGAGAACGUGUCGUCUGCUCCGCAAUUGUGUAUAUUGGAAAAGCAGAUAGUUGAAUUUGGAUAUACAGGAUUCUAGAAGAAAUGCCGGGUGGUGGUGGCGACAGUGUCAAGGUGGCAGUGCGCGUGAGACCAUUUAAUCAGAGAGAAAAAAAUGCAGGGUCAAAAUGCAUCAUUUCCAUGGACGGCAAGACAACCCGCCUGAAAAACCCUGUCAAUGGCGAGGUCAAAUCGUUCUCAUUUGACCAGUCCUACUGGUCCCACGACAGCUUCAAGGAAGACGAGGAGGGGGUAUAUGAGAGAGAGUCAACUGAAUCAAGCUAUGCCGACCAGAGACGAGUGUUUGAAGACCUGGGCCAGGGGGUGCUGGACAACGCAUGGCAGGGCUACAAUGCUGCCCUGUUUGCCUACGGCCAGACAGGCUCCGGGAAGAGCUACUCCAUGAUUGGCUACAACGCCAACAAGGGCAUCGUCCCCAUCACAUGUGGGGAACUGUUCAAGGCCAUAGAUGACAAUAAAGACACCGACAAACAACUUAGGGUGUCAUUUAGUAUGUUGGAAAUUUACAACGAACAGGUGCGAGAUCUUCUGGCCAAGGGGAAACAGCAGACUGGCGGACUCAAAGUCAGACUGAAUCCUAAAAUUGGCUUCUAUGUUGAAGGACUUAAGAAAGUCCCAGUGAAGAACUACAAGCAAAUAGAGAACCUCAUGGAACAGGGCACGUAUAACAGAACCACCGCCUCAACCAACAUGAACGCCACCAGCAGCAGGUCGCAUAUGGUCAUCACCAUCAAGUUUGAACAGGUAUUUCCUAACGCUAUGGGCCAAAGCACGACCAAAAGCAGUGAAAUCAAUCUUGUGGACCUGGCGGGCAGCGAGCGAGCUAACUCCACGGGGGCAACGGGUGAUCGGCUGAAGGAAGGCUCGGCCAUAAACCAGAGCUUAUCGUCUCUUGGCAAUGUUAUCAGUGCCCUCGCUGACCAGGCCAUGGGUAAGAAGAAAGUCAUGGUUCCCUACAGAGACUCUGUCCUCACCAAGCUGCUGCAGUCGGCGCUCGGGGGCAACAGUAGGACUAUCAUGAUCGCUGCACUCAGUCCAGCAGAUAUCAACUAUGACGAAACCCUGUCCACACUCAGAUAUGCAGAUAGAGCCAAGAAGAUCCAGAACAAAGCUGUAGUCAACGAGAGUCCCACGGACCGUCUCAUACGAGAACUGAAGGAAGAGAACGCAAAGCUAAUGGCCAUGCUGGGCGGCAAGGGGGCCAAACCUGGAGCGGACACCAACCUCCUGGAGCAGCAGCUGCAGGAGAACCAGCGGAAGAUGUCGGAAAUGCAGCAGUCGUGGGAACAAAGACUGGAGGAGGCCAGACGAGAUUGGGAGAAGGAGUUCCGCAGUACCGGCCGUAACGAGUGGGAAAACCAUCCCCAUCUGAUGAACGUGAAUGAAGACCCGCAGCUGACAGGCGUGGUCAAACACGCACUUGUGGAAGGCUCGACAACAAUAGGAAAAUCCGGGGAUCCCGAGAUAAAUAUAGCCCUGAAAGGACUCGGAAUUCAGAAACUCCACGCAAUCGUUGAAAAUGACGGCAGAUCCGUAUGGAUCAAACCCUGCGCUGCCCAUGCACAAGUUCUCGUCAACGGGUCAAAGAUCAAACAAAAACAUGAACUACGUCAUAUGGACCGGGUUAAGCUUGGGUCAAGUAGCCUGUUUCUGUAUAUCGGCUACCAAGAGGACAGAUCCGACUCGGACCAAGUGGACAAGUACAACUUCGACUACUUCAUAACGGAAUUAGCUGAACAUGAAGGUAUUGCGGUCGAACUACACACGCCACGUGACUUCGACACAGAGGAGGAUCAGGUGACCGCUGUUGUGUAUCAAGAGUAUGUCGAUCUGAUGCCGGUUAUUGCCGAAGCAAACGCUAUCAGCGAAGAGUUGAAUAAGAAAUUAAAGUUUGAGCCUGAAGUAAAAAGUCAAUCUAGUCAUGACACUAAGGCCAAGGCCAAGGAGAAGGAGAUCAUCGUCCGAGUUACUAAUGUCCUCACGAAGAAGGUUUGGAUCUGGUCAAAAAGCAAGUUUCUUCACCGGAAGCUCAUCAUGAAUGGUCUGUACACGCAGUUUAUGGACCACGGUGAAGUGACAGUCUCUAAGGAUCAGGAUCCUUUCUGGGACCCCGUCGAACCCAUCUUUUUGGGAAGCUGCCACGUGUGGCUGAAGAUGUUGGCCUACAGCGAUGAGAUAGAUGAACACUUCACCGUACACAACUACCACGGCAAGGAAGAGGCCGUUGUGCAUGUACAGCUCCUGCCCUGCGACAAGGAUGGGGUCCAGCUACAGGGAGAAUCCAUGGUGUUCGAACCGGAAGACCUCAAAGACAAAGCAUUCAAUUUUUUGCUGAAGGUGCCAAGCUGCAUGAGUGUUCGAUGGACGAGGGAGGACCCGACGAGAGGCGUUAUGUGCAAACUGAGGUUCUUCGAGGAGAAUGAGCCGCUGUGUUCUCAAGUGGUGUGGAGUUCCUCGGUGGCCAAUGUAGACUACCAGAAACUCUUCUCCUACAAGAACAUGCCCAUGUCGCUUCUUCAGUAUUUACAGAGAGAGUCCCUGGUGGUGGAGCUGUGGGGUACACAGGGUUCAAAGGAAGUUCGACAUACAAAUGGUAUUCAGGAAAAUGGAAACCGGAAUCAGCAUUUAACAGCUCUAACUAACAAACUGGAUCAACUGAACACACAGCUUGAAAAGCUUGAUGAUGAGAGGGCCAAUUUAAAGAAAGAGAAUUUUAAGCUGAAAACGGAGUUAGAGCGACAGAAAGAGGCAGUGAAAUUAGCUCGUGUUGGGAGAGGAAGCUUCAAUGAGAUCCCAGCAUCGGUACUUUCUUCCAUCAAUUCAUCCAGUUCGACGACAGUACCGAAGACACACACGGUUGGCCUGGACGUGGAGCUCGCCAAGAGCAUCAAGUCUUUCUUCCAGGAUAUGAGGAGUGUUCAACAGCAGAUCAAGGACAUGAAAACUGCAGUCACCACAGUCCAGUCCAGUAAUGUCCAGAACGGUAACCUGAAGGCAGCCUUACAACAACAGAGCGAGAACCUAGUGAAAACUGAAAACCAGAUCAACUUGUGCCUCAAGAAUCUGAAACAAAGUGUGGUCAGCACCAUAAAAAAAUCCAAAGAUUCGUGACGACGCUUGUUCCAGGACAAUAAUGAAACAGCAUUACGUUAACCAUAGAGCAGAGUCUUACAGAAGAGAAGACAUGUCAGAGGAACACAUUCGUGGUGUAUAACGCAGUGCAAUGGUGUGCCAGUUUUGAGUUGCUCUUUUAAUACCAGUUCCACUGGGUAACAUUUAUUGACUAUCUACUAUUGAACCCACAUAUGUCAGUGCAGGUAACUGAUAUGUGCGGACAUACACACCCGUGUGGUUUCUUGACUAUAUAUUGCUAUUACCAGCUUGCUUCAUUUCGAGAUGUAUGAUUUGACUAUCUGAGCUACGUCCAGGAUGUCCACAAAAUAAAAUGCAUUGAUUUAUUAAUCACACUUUAUAAUAACAGAUGACAAACGGCUAACGUUGCAUAAACAAAUGGACACAGUUCCAUCGAGCGAUUUCAGCGCUAAAGCGAUAAUAACUCCUAUACCUUAACAUAGGAUUGCUCUAGUCGUAGCUCUCCAUUUGCUUUGUGGAACGUGGCCUUCAAGGGUGAAUUAAGAUGUACAUAUUCUCACCAGGGAUGUAUGCACCCCUGAAACAUGACUUGAACGCCAGUUGGACCCUUGUAACAUUUUCAGGUAUAAAGUAUGUGAGAAUGAGUGAGUGCGUGAGUGAGUAUGGUUUAUGUCGCUUUUAGCAAUUCUACAACACUAUCGCGGUGGGGGGCACCUGUAAUGCAUUGCGAGGUUUCCUCAGAUCUUCACACAGAAGUCUGGUAUCGGAUUAAGAGAUGUUACUUUAACUAGAUUGACGCUCCAUCUACAAUGCUGCCCACCUCACUUGUAUAAAGGUUAAUUUUAAUUGUUGAAUAUGAUUAUUUAUAUGUUUGACCAAAUGACAUUUUUGGGUUUGGAUUGGAUACUUUAAGCUUUGGUUUAUAUUGACAGCAAAUGGCAAUAAAACAAAUUGUGCAAUAAGAAA